ACGCGGGUGGUUUAGCGCGCUCCAGUGUCCGCGACGAUAUUGAUUCUCUCUCCGCUGUGCUCCAGAAUGGAAUAACUGUGUAUACCACCUUAUUGCGUCUAAACUAUUGUUAUUAUUGUUGUUGUUGCUGAUGUAAGGUAUUAUGCGCGUGAGAGAAAAAAAAAUUUACACAAGUUUCUUACAAAAGAUGAUUUUGGUCGUGAUAAUGUCUGGUGCCGACCGGGGUGUUGAAGGUGUUUUGGAACGAAACCAAGAGGAUGGAAGCACGAGUCUCAGAUCUCAGCGAUGAGUAUUAGCUGCAGUUACUCGAUCGUCAUCGUCUCGUGUCGUCGAGGCCGUGAUAACAAUAAUAGCAACCGGAGCGCCGAUUCGAAUGGUAAUCACGCGUUCAUCGUGGAAAAACACAAAAAAGGCCCAAAAAUGCAAUCGUCUACCCAACUUUGCCAAUCGACUUCCAAUUGUUGAACGAGUAUAUAGUAACAGUCAUGCGAUGGCUCGCAGGAGCUAAUAGAAAACGAGAAUGGCGAGCAACGUCGGCAGCGCGAGCGUGAAAAAGCCAUCGUCGUCAUCGUCGGCUCUGUUGACGCGGGAGUCCCGGUGCGAGCUGAGUUUCUGCGUGAUGCCACUGCCGAGCAUCAUAAAGAAGGCGAGCAGUUACAUAUUGGGCGAGAGCUGCCGGGACACGUUGCGCGCCAUGUACCAGGACGGCGAGACCCUGUUCUGCAAGAACAACGUGUGCGUCCAUCCGCCGAGUUUGUUGCGCCAGCAGUGCGAGGUGAUACACCACCCGGGAUACAUGACCGUCACUUGUCGGAUCGACAAGCCAACGGGCGUGCCGACCCUCCACCUCAGCUGGAUACCCAACACGACGCUGAGGAAACACCCGAGUACCCUUGAGAACGCGACAGUUCGGAAAAUCGAGGCACCCCUCAGGGAGAACAGCGACGAGCCGCACAACGAGGAACCUGCCAAAGGAAAUAUGCUGGACGACAAGAUUAUAGACGGCUGCCAGGAGGCGAAGGAGCCGAUCAACUGCAAGGACUGCGAGCGCGUCUGUUCGGGCGGUGUCGCCCACAAUUUACCAUCGAUGCUCAUCCGCUCGACGAGUCCCGACCACGUCGCCAAACCACCCCCGGAAGCCGGGGUCGAGGACGCCCCGGUGACCAGUCAGCCGGAGAGCGGUGCCGACGCGAGUGUCCUCGGAAUGGCCCCGGGGAUAGCGAACGGUAACAGCGAGACUAGCAGGAGGUUGAUGCACCACGCGAGGUCCGACUCGACGGACUCGAACGGACUGCCCGGGAACGGUAGUGCAAUAAGCGUCAAGCCAUCGCAGGACGACACGACGAGCGUCAAGAGCCGUAGCAUGUCGCUCACCUCCAUGUGCAGUCUGUCGAUUACCUUUACGAACGACGAGGAGAUCCCGACGUGGAUGCGAACGCCGGAACUGCUGGCGCUGCAGCACAACCUGACCUUUCCGGAGAGCGCGAGCGCAUCCCCGGUAGCGGUGCGCCGGGCCCACCGGUGCCGGCGUUUCUCCGUCGAUCUCGGACAGAUGCGCUCCCUGCGGCUCUUCUUUUCCGAUACCGAGUGCACCUCCGGCCAGCUGGUGGUGGCCAGUCGCGAGAGCCAGUACAAAAUCCUGCACUUUCACCACGGCGGCCUCGAUCGGCUCGCCGCUACCCUCCAUCAGUGGCACCAGCUCCUCAAUCCCGGCCUCAGCGUCGAUCGCUCGGAGGACAACUUGCUGCCCUAUCGGCACUUUAUGGUCUGUCGACCGGAGGUCGGGCGGGACGAGCUACACCCGGAGGAGGGCCAAGUGCCGAUGAUCACGUCGCUGGUCUGGAAGGACUUGCUGAACGAGCGGGGCCAGGUCGAGGACGACUUGACGCUGCGCAAGGGCGUCUUCUUUGGUGGACUCGAGCCCGCGCUCCGCAAGAUCGUCUGGCCGUUCCUGUUGCACUGCUACUCGUACCAGAGCUCGUACGACGACCGCGAGCAGAUAGACGCGAUUCGGAGACAGGAGUACCAGGAGAUACGCAACCGCAGGGAGACCAUGACGCCCGAGGAGGCAGACAGGUUUUGGCGGAGCGUCGUCGCAAUCGUCGAGAAGGACGUCGUGAGGACGGACCGGGCCAACCCGUACUACGCAGGCGAGAACAACCCCAACAUCGAGGUCAUGAAGAACAUCUUGCUGAACUACGCGGUGUACAACGCGCGGUUGGGCUACACGCAAGGUAUGUCGGAUCUCCUGUCUCCGCUGCUUGCCGAGCUGGACGACGAGCAGGAGGCAUUUUGGUGCUUCGCGGGCCUCAUGCAAAGAUCGGUGGCCGUUUGCACGCCAACGGACCUGGACAUGGAUCGCAACCUCUGCUACCUGAGGGAACUCCUGAGGAUCAUGCUGCCGAGCUUCUACGCGCACCUCGAGAGGCACGCCGACGCGCUCGAGCUCCUCUUUUGCCAUCGGUGGAUACUCCUUUGUCUGAAGCGAGAGUUUCCCAUGGAGACAACGCUACAAAUGUGGGAGGCCUGUUGGGUCAAUUACUUGACGGACCAUUUCCACCUGUUCCUCUGUCUGGCCAUCAUGUGCGUCUACGCCGACGACGUCAUAGCCCAGGAUUUGCGCACCGACGAGAUGCUGCUGCACUUUAGUUCGCUGGCCAUGUACAUGGACGGUACGCUGAUAUUGCGCAAAGCUCGGGGAUUGCUGCACCAGUUUCGCCAACUGGAGCGACUACCUUGUACUUUAGCCGGCUUGUGCCGGCAGUGUGGACCCGGUAUGUGGGACAAUACUCACGACCCGGUGGUCGAGUGCGUCGGCCAUUUGGACGACAAGUGCCCCCGGGCUGAGAACUACGGGAGACUCGGCCUCGAGUGAAUCGGUUAUUUUUAGAUGUAUAUAUACGUGUGUGUGCGUGUACGUUGGUAUUUGUAUUCAGAUCAUCGAUUAGUAUGUGUAAGCAUCAUUCCGAUGGACUGCGGACGUAAAAUGUAUGAAAAAAUAUAUAAGGAAUCAUCGAAUUGCAGAGACUGUGUGUUUUGUACAAUUAUUAUUUAUACUUUUUUAUCUUUAUUUUAUCUUAUUUUUAUCUUUUUACGUGAAUCAUCGAGAAUGAUUAUACUGUGUGGUUAUUUGGCGUUGCCGACAAAACAUAUAUAUAUUUUGUAUAAUACUGCCCUUUUUUUAUUCGAUUUUAUUUAGUUUUAUCAAGACGUAAUACAACUCGAAUCAAAAUAUUUCUACUAAUUGAGUUAUCGAUCGUGAACUCGGCACUAGUUAAUAUCGAAGAAUUUAUAAUAAAAGCACAUUAGAACAAAAAAAGACAAAAAAAUCACACUAUAGGUACCUAAAUAAAGAAAAUAAAGAAAAUGUUUUAUAGUAUUCAAAAAAUCACUAAUUAUGUAAAUACUUCGAAAACGCACUAAAUAAUUACAUUAUACGUUUACAAUUACCUAAAUACAUAUAAAAAAGUACAGGCUUCUCUGGGCGUUUGAUAUAUCAUAAGAAUAUAAUUUUUUUUUAACUACUGCAUUCAUUAGAAUGCAAGUAAC